CCGCGGACGAGAGGCGUUAGGCGGGGCGGCGGCGGCGCCGCGGGCUCGGCCCUUGGGGGCCCGGGAGCAGCUGACCAUGGAGCCCCAGAAAAUCACGCCAUCCUCAAAGCCUCAUCCACCUGUUGUGGGCAAAGUGACUCAUCACAGCAUCGAGUUAUACUGGGAUCUGGAAAAGCGAGCGAAACGGCAAGGACCUCAGGAGCAGUGGUUCAGGUUCUCAAUUGAAGAAGAAGACCCCAAAAUGCACACUUAUGGUAUCAUUUAUACGGGAUACUCAACAAAGCAUGUUGUAGAAGGUCUGGAACCACGAACACUGUACAAAUUCCGACUGAAGGUCACCAGCCCCUCUGGAGAAUACGAGUACAGCCCAGUGGUCUCCGUUUCUACCACCAGAGAACCCAUAAGUAGUGAGCACUUUCAUCGAGCUGUCAAUGUGAAUGAUGAAGAUUUGCUGGUUCGAAUACUUCAAGGAGGAAAUGUUAAGGUUGAUGUUCCCAAUAAGUUUGGCUUUACUGCUCUGAUGGUCGCUGCCCAGAAAGGCUACACCAGGCUUGUGAAAAUCCUCGUCUCUAAUGGCACAGAUGUGAAUCUGAAGAACGGAAGUGGCAAGGACAGUCUGAUGCUUGCAUGUUACGCGGGACACCUAGAUGUUGUGAAAUAUCUCCGAAGACACGGCGCUUCCUGGGAGACCAGAGACCUAGGAGGCUGCACGGCUCUGCACUGGGCUGCAGAUGGAGGCCACUGCAAUGUGAUCGAGUGGAUGAUAAAAGAUGGCUGUGAGGUAGAUGCUGUGGACACGGGCUCAGGAUGGACCCCACUCAUGAGAGUCUCUGCAGUCUCCGGAAACCAGAGUGCAGCCUCUGUGCUGAUCGAAGCCGGAGCGGACGUGAACAUGAGAGAUAAAGAUGGAAAGACCCCGCUCAUGGUGGCCGUGUUAAAUAAUCACGAGGCAUUAGUCCAGUUACUUCUUGACAAAGGAGCAGAUGCAAGCGUAAAAAAUGAGUUCGGCAAAGGUGUCCUAGAAAUGGCCAGAGUUUUUGACAGACAGAAUGUGGUCUCCUUAUUAGAAGAAAGGAAAAGAACCCAAAUGGCAAAGAAGUAGUCUGCUGACCAGGGCGAAAGCCCAAGAGAAACAACGUCAAAACGCGACCGUUGAGCUAGAGAUGAAACGCCACGUCUUUUGAGGCUAUACAUUUGAUUAUUUAUUUAGUUGAAGAUUCACAGUGAAUUUUGUGACGUACAACUGUUCCCACUUUGAAAUAAUACAUCUUU